CUAUUUUGAAAAAGGACUACUGAACAAGAAGUUUACGUGCUCCCUUUUUAUACAAAAGCUUAGAUACUAUUAAAAGAAGUAGUUUAUGACUGGAUCCUUACAGGCUUUAGUAAUGGGAAAACCUAAUAAACUGAUACGCGUUCGGAAAAGUAGACUUUACAUGCAAAGCUCUUCUUUAUUCAAAGGGAAAGGCUACUUGCGUAUAUACUUUUUUUUAUCAGAGUGCUUUAUUGCCAUGGUUUCCUGUCCUUUUUUUAAUAUAGCCUAUUUACGUAAUAGACUGCAUAAGUAUAAUCUAUAUUGGGUAAACUUGGGUAUAAAUAGCAAUAGGAAGUGAUGGAAAACAGAAAAAGUGUCGUGGUGCGACUUUACUUUCCAGAAAGACUGUAGGAACACACUCUUAUCAAGCUCGAUGUGGAGUUUUAAUGGUGCCGUCUAAUAACAACUCAUGACUGGCUGAGAGGUUGUUGUGGGCAUUUUCUCUUUAAAUUAUGGAAGUCUCGUCUAAUCCAAGCUAUUUUCAAGGCAUCAAUGUUGACGAAGAAGUUCGUUUAUUUACAAACAAUAAAGAAAGAGAUAAAUAUGACAACAUGGCUGACCUUUACUCCAUCAUUGUCUUGAUGGAACAUUUGGAAAAAGCGUUUGUCAGAGACUCUAUUACACCAGAAGAAUACACUCCACAGUGCACCAACCUUAUCGCAAAAUAUAAGACAACCCUCAAUUUUCUAUCAGACUCAGUAACAGACCUUGAAAGCUUUAUGAACGACUACAAGUUAAGUUGUCCUGCAGCACUCAAUAGGUUCAAGAUUGGUGUACCUGCAACCUAUGAACAUGCCAUUGGCGAUAAUAAGAACGAUAUGGGUAAGUCUGCGAAAUACAUUGCAGAGAGUGUUCAGCAUUUUAUUACACUUAUGGAUACAUUACGAUUAAACCGAUAUGCGGUGGAUGAACUUCACCCUAUCCUUGCAGACUUGAUCCAAUCGUUAAAUAAAGUACCGACAUUGCCUGCUGAUUUUGAAGGAAAACAAAGGAUUCGACAAUGGUUGAUCACCUUACAUUCAAUGAAAGCAAGUGAUGAGAUUACAGAGGAACAAGCAAGACAGAUGCUCUUUGAAAUGGAGCAAUCACAUACAGAGUUUUACAGGUUACUCAGUGGAGAACACAAGGAUACUAUACCACAGUAAUAAUAAACAACCCUUUUUUUUCAGUAUAUAUUUUACAUUUUUAUUAACUUUUUUAGCUGAUGUAUAUAUUCACCUCUAUUACAGGAUCUAUAUAUAAUCCUACCUUUAAAACGUGCUUCCUUAACUUCUAUUGCUUUCUUUAAGCUCUAGUAAAAAUAAAUAAACAAAAAGGCAAAUAGGACCAAUAGACUAUUAAAAAGAUUUUAAUACAGG